AUGGGUGAAUGGGCGGUAUUGCGGAGUGAAGUCCAAUCAAUGCGCAUUACCAUUUCGGCCUGCAUGAUAAUAGCCCACAGUGGAAGGGAGUCAUUAAUUACGGAGCCAAGAGAGAAUUACCGACAAAUACGCCAUCAGUACGAUGUACUUGCAUGUGUAUUGUCAAAGCAGGGAUACGGUUCUGCUGCCGUCCAAGUGUUGACGAUGACUGUUCAGCUCGCGAGAGUUGCUUUCUUGAGGACCUCACACCAAGGGGUCGAGGAGCAGCGCCGAAUCGCCAUGAAGACAAGAAGACUUCAUCAACCAUUGAAGGACGGCAUCUUCAUUGUAUGUAUAUCCAUCCCUGCAUCCUGCAAGUGGAACAUCCAUGCUCAACAAGGUUCCAGGGGCGAUAUUUUCGCAGUGGCUUUGCUAUAG